CAUUGUCAAGAAUUUAUAAAACUUCCUGCGUUGUAAUGGAUAUUAGACAGCUGAUUUUUGUUAUGAUAAUAUAAGCAUUCAUUAAAAUGAACUCAAUAUAUAGAUUGUUAGCCUAUCCUACAAAAAGUUUAUAUUUACCAAAACGUUUACUUAAAUAUGUACAAGGUCAAGAGCCAGAACCAAAAGUCCGUGAAUAUUUUUAUUUUAUUGAUCAUCAAGGCAUGUUAUUUUUAGAUGAUUCAAGAAUGAAAAACUUUACAUCUUGCUUUAAAGAAAAGAAGUUUUUAGAAUUCUUUUUUAAACGUGUCCGAUUAAAUAAAACUGGAAAAUAUCAAGAUGAAUUUCCUUUCAUAUCUUUAUGUGGAAGAGAGAGAAAUUACAUAAGAUGUGAUGAUCUACCAAUUGUAUAUACACAUAUUAUAACUAAAGGAAACCCAGAAAUAGAUUUCUUGACCUUUGGCUAUGCUGGUGAAUCAUUAAUGUCUCAAUUUCAACCUGAAAAAGUUUAUAUGUUACCUGAAACUGGUAGAGUCUAUCAUCCUGCUGAGGAUAAAUAUGGAGGAAUAGGACUUGUUAGAUCUAAACUUUCUAUCGAAAUAAGUAAGAAUUUCACAUUUAAUAAUGGUGAAACUGCACCCCCAACACAUUUUAAUUGGAAGGACAGAAAAUAUCAAUUAGAUCAAUCAUGGUUUCCAGAAACAGUUCAUAAACAUAAUAUUAAAAUAAAAUCGGUUCCUGAUUAGGUCUUAAUUUUAUAUGUAACUUGCUACCCCUCCUGUUUUCGCACGGGAUGAAUAAGGGUUUGUUUAAAAUGUUUUUGCGGUGCACAUAACUAAAGCUCCCAGUCCGCAUGUCUUUUUCCGACAUCUACAACAAUUCUCGUUAUACAACAUUCACCUAAACCUUCCUCACUCCAUCCAUUGGUGCAAACCAUAUGAAAACCA